AUAACAGAAGAAAUCGAACUCGUCAACAAAUUUGUAUGGAAUUAAUAAAAAUGAGCGCCACACAGGAUAAAAAGGAGGAUCAGGACCGCAUACAGAGGCGGGUCAAUAAGAUACUGGAGGCCCGUCUGGAGUCCGAUAAGGACACUCUCGAUGCUCUCAACGGUCUCUCCAGCUUCUUCAACGAGAACACCCUGCAGAAUCGGCGGAAUCUCCGCAGCCAGAUCGAGCAUCGCUCCGUAGGAAUCAAUGAAAACUUCCUGAAGGCCUUCCGGGAGGUCAAGCUGUCGCUGGAUGCAGUCUGCACAGAAUUGGACACCAUGGCCACGUCAGUGCAGACCAUGAAGUCCGACCUGGAGACGUCCAAGGCUCUGACCAAGGACCUGAUCGAACAGACCAAUACAAUGCAGCAGGAGCGGGAUCGCCUGGAGGUGCAUCAACAAAUUGCCCAGGCUUUCUUGGCCCGAUUCCAGCUAACGGUGCCGGAGCACCAGCUGCUCUACGGCAGCGCCAAGGAUGCUCCGAUUGUGGCCGACUUUUUCAGAGUUCUGGAUCGGGUGCAAUCCAUACAUUCCGACUGCCGGUUGCUGAUGCAGUGCGGCUACCAGACCGCGGCCCUGGACAUCAUGGAGGAGAUGACCCUGCAUCAGGAGGGGGCGCUCGAGCGGCUCUACCGCUGGACGCAGAACCACUGCCGGAACCUGGAGAACAACGAAAUCGGCCCCCUCAUUGUCGAGGCCAUGCGCCGGCUCCAGGAUCGUCCUGUGCUCUUCAAAUAUGUGAUUGAUGAGUACGCCAUUGCCAGGCGCGCUGUCCUGGUCCGGCUGUUCAUUGAGGCCUUGACGGAGGGCGGACACGGCGGCAAUCCCAAGCCCAUUGAGAUGCACGCCCACGAUCCCAAGCGAUACAUUGGGGACAUGUUCGCCUGGCUGCACCAGAGCAUUCCCUACGAAAAGGAGAACCUCACGCUUCUCUUCAAGAAGUGCGACAAGCAGGACAUUUCGGACCAGCUGCAGGCUGCCCUGGGCUACAUAGCUGAUGGAGUUCAACAUCCGUUGAAGGUGCGCGUGGAGACCAUCCUCAACUCGGAGAAGGACACCAUCGUACUGUUCACGCUCUCCAAUCUGCUGCGCUUCUACCAGCAGAUCAUGAAGCAGGUGGUGCAGGGCGGCAGCCUAGAGGAGUGCCUGGUGGAUCUGCAGAAGAGCAGCGAGCAAAUCUAUCUGCAUUCCCUAGCCACUCAGGUGCGCAGUGUGCUGCAGCGUCCAUCUGGGUCCAGUAUGGCUCUGGAGCCGCCGCAGCGGGACUUGGUGCCACCGCCGAGCGUGUCCCGUUUGCUCAAUAUGCUGAAGGAGAUCCUGUCGGUAGCUACGAUGGUGGAUGGUCGCCAGGCGGACAUCACCAAGAUCGUGAGCUGUGUGAUCGAUCCCCUGCUGCAGUCCGUGCAGGAGAGUGCCGCCCACCUGCCCACCGUGGACAUGGGCGUGUAUCUUCUCAACUGCCUGUACCACAUGCAGAGCACGCUGGCCGUCUACGAGUACAUGGAUGAGCGCGUGGAGCGGCUGCAGGGACAGUCGGACGCCCAACUGGACACGCUCACCUCGGAGCAGGCCUCCUCGCUGGUGGCCAACCUUAAUCUGGGGCCCAUCUACACCAUUCUGCAGAGCAAUCAGUCAAAGAUCGAGACCAAUCUGCUCAAGAUCUUCACGUCGAAGUUGGACGCCUUCCUGGAGCUGCCCGAUGUGCUGCUGCUGCCCCAGGUGCAGCUCAUCAUGUCCAGCAGCCAUCGGGCCACUGUCCAAAAGCGGGCCUUCAACGUUAUCGUGGCCAUUUACAAGCAGAUCUACGAGCGUGUCCACGAUCCGGCCAAUGGCUUCGAGCAGCCGGAUCAACUGCUCCACAAGACGCCCGAUCAAGUGGCCCACAUCCUCACCGCCUAGUGGCCUAUUUAUUCCUAGUUGUAAAAAUCCCCCUAUUCUGGCACACAAAUAUAAGUACAUCAGGGUUGUAUAGUA